GCCAAGUUUCACCCCACUGACGUUUGCCUCAUACACUGAACAAGAGUGGUGUUCCACUAUCUCCGCAGUGCAAUUUUCCGUUGGGCGCGGAAUGCCUAUCACUUCUUGAUCCACAUUUCACUGAUAAGAGCUUAGUCUAGUCGCAAUCACAAAGGGUUUGAACAUCGAUACCCUCGACUCUAGGGUUGCAAUCUAUCUCCAACUUGCUCUUAGCUAUAAGCAACUUUCGCAGUCUCAAGUCUCGUUACGCUUUGUAGUAUGAGCCUGGCUUCUGCGGUAUCAACCUUCGGAGACAAACGAAGACCCACAGCGUGUCAACGCUGUCAUAAGAGGAAAGUCAAGUGCUCAGGCGGUGUACCGUGCCAAAAUUGUCAGAUCGCAGGCACAAUCUGCACCUUUCCGACUCGAGAUCGUAAUGUUGUCGUCUCCGAAGUAUAUCUCCAGCGGCUUCAAGCUCUGGCAGAAACCAACAUAGUGAAUCAUGGGUCAUCGACACCAUUAAAUUUAGAAGCUGAUGUGACGAGUCGAGGGCCUGAACACAAUGGCGCCCUUGGCACACCUCGUUCAACCCUCGCUAAUCGCGAGUAUCGCGCAGAGAAACUGACCCUGAAGCAUGCCACUGCUGAGGCUUUCGUGUCUGGACUCCAGCGAUUAAGCACCAAAGAUGCCGAAUCGAGUCCUGAAUCUACAUUCCAAAAUGAUUGGACUUCGCGUGCAGACUCGUACUCCGUUGGGGCGACUGAGGUUUCGAGCUAUGAUUAUGUCUCUCUGAACUUUGAUACGUCUUGUGAGAAUGUUUCCAUACAACUACCUCCAUAUCCGUACGCGGUUCAGCUAGUGUCACAGUUCGAGACAUUCAUGGCAUGGGAAUAUCACUGGUAUUGUCGGAAAGAGUUUCACUCCAGUCUGGAAGGGACCUAUCGAUGCCCUGACUCUGCAAGAUCACGUAAUCGUAUCUGGCUUUGCAAGAUGAUGGCCGUCCUUGCUCUUGGGGAGUCUUACAAUAGCUACGAGCCUCCUCUGAUUGACCUAUCUCAAGCUUCCGAGAAAUCUCACCGCCCUGGGCAAGAUAAAGAUACCCGGGACUCAUACCUUCCCGGACUGCGGUUCUUUGAGCAGGCAUUGUCUCUCUUCAAGAUGCCAUCCGAGGAGCCAGAUAUCCAACAUAUAGAAGCACUCAAUCUCAUUGCAUUCUUCUGCUAUUCUUUGAACCGACGCAAAACAGCAUACAUGUACGCUGGAAUGUCCGCUAGGAUCGCGAAUAGUCUGAUGCUCCACAUACCAACUAUGGCUGAAGGGCCGGUCGUUGCAGAGUAUCGAAGGCGCAUAUGGUGGACAACAUUCCUUAUGGAUAAUAUGGUGUCUUCCGAGAUGGGACUAAGGCCAGCCUUUGGGUUCGCACAGGCUGAGCAUCCAUUCCCAUCCGAUGAGCAUAUUCCUCCAGCUUACCAAGCCGACUUUUGGGACUGUAGUAUCAUGACAGCACAUCUUAAAUUGUGCAAUAUUAGAAGUCACAUACUGGAGACUGUAGGACAUCUACAAGAGUCAGAUUUUACGAGCUAUGAGGGAGUUAUAGCAGUCCCGUUACGUGAGCUAGACUCAUGGAAGAACGAGCUCUCACCAGACAUUGUUUUCGAUUUCGCGGGCGGAGUGCCACAACAGAUGAUUGACAAACCAUCAAUGAGGUCACUGGCAUCGUGCUAUCUGAGGUAUCAUCAGGGUUAUAUCAUGUUGAUUCGUCCUAUCUUUUUCAAGCUUCUUAGCAUCGUCCUUGGUAAGGUCACUGAUAUGUCAUCAAUAGAUGGUUUGUUGGCCCUCAGUGCUAGAUGCCUCGAAGCUGCCAAAUGCAAUAUGAGAAUCAUCAAGACUCUUUCAGACCGCAGUCGACUUGCCAAAUAUGGUUUCUAUGACUCACUACACUUGUUCUCUGGCAUCAUGAUAUUCUCUUUGUCAAGGCUGGUGAACGCCAUCAGGCCGCUCAGUCUUAUACAGGAGUCCGAUGAUCUCUCCCUGUAUUUUACUGCCAGAGAUUUACUAUUGAGCAUGGCUGCGUGUGGAAAUCUUGCAUCAAAAGGCCAUGUGCAGAUGCUGGAGGAUAUAGAACGCCGUCUAGACAAUAUCUCUCAGACUCAGGACUCACAGGUGCUCGAUGUCAGAUUAGACGAAAUCUCUCCCUGGAUUGAUUCUGUUGGUGGUGUAAAUAUGUUUCUAGACAUGUCUGGGAUCUCUUAAG